UCCAUUCCAACUUCCAAGUUCAAAAAGCUCCUUCCCCAUCUCUCUCUCUCAGACAACAAAAAGAAAACUGCUUUGGAGUUCAAUUUAUCAGAAGGAUCCACCAUUUCUCACUUUCUCUCUCUUCCAUCCCCAAAUCUUAGGGUUUCCACCAAAUCAUACGAAUUAGGAAUAAAAAUCUCAACUUGUUGAAUAUUUUCACCCAAUUAUCACACUCCGAUCCACGAUGGGAUCAUCGCGGUGACUGGAUUAGAUCCCACCCGCCGUGCCGACGAAGAUGGCGGCGCCGAGGAACGUGACGGUGUUGAGGGAUGAAGAGAACGGGGAAGCAGCGCUGGAGGACGAUUCGCCCUCCGCUAAGAAGCCCAAAUUGGAGAGGCUCCCGUUCAACACGUGGGAAUUUGCCGCCGUCGUCGCCGUCUUCUUUGUCUUCGCCACCGGCAUCUUCUGCAUUUACCUCACCAUGCCCGCCACCGCUUCCGCCCACCUCAAAUUGCCCCGUACCCUCUCCGAUCUUCGCAUACUCAAAGAACAUCUUUCAGCAUAUGCUAAUAAUCAUCCUGCACAGUUCAUUCUUGGUUACUGCUCUAUCUACAUCUUUAUGCAGACUUUUAUGAUUCCUGGAACAAUCUUCAUGUCUUUGUUGGCUGGUGCUCUUUUUGGAGUUGUUCGAGGGAUAAUGUUGGUUGUUUUCAAUGCCACUGCUGGAGCCUCUUCAUGCUUCUUAUUGUCCAAGUUGAUUGGAAGGCCUUUAGUUUCUUGGUUGUGGCCGGAAAGGUUAAGGUUUUUCCAAGCAGAGAUCGCAAAGCGUAGGGAUAAGCUGCUGAAUUACAUGCUUUUUCUGCGGGUGACCCCAACAUUGCCAAAUCUUUUCAUCAAUUUGGCAUCUCCAAUUGUUGACGUACCAUUUCAUAUCUUCUUUUUGGCAACAUUGGUCGGUCUUAUUCCAGCUUCGUAUAUUACUGUCCGAGCUGGCCUUGCUCUUGGGGAUCUAAAGUCAGUUAAGGAUCUAUAUGAUUUUAAGACAUUAUCAGUACUUUUCCUCAUUGGCUGUGUGGCCAUAGUUCCAACACUUUUGAAGAGGAAGCGAGUUUAUGAAUGAAGUUGUGUGCUGGCGCAGCUUUGCUCAUUUGUCAAAGGCAAGUCAUGUGAUCAUUAAAUUAACUUGUGAAGACAGUGGAUCAUAUUGGACAAUGGUUAGCCAAGAUAUUAGAAAAGGAUUUAUUGUUACUAAAUUAAAACAUUGGUAUAUGCUCCGUAUUAUUUUCUGUUGUGGAGCUUUUUCUUUUCACUUUUCUUUUUGAUCUUGUGGAGAGAGUGAGGGUAGAUUUAGCUCAGUGAUGAUCAAUUAUGCAGCUACGGCUCACAGGCUUUGGUGGAGCACUUAAAUUACGUAUAAUGUAACAAUGAUGACUUCAGGAGCUAUGUUGUGACUGAAGUGUCUUACACCAAAUACGAACAAACGUUUACAUUGUACUAUUGCUUCUUUAUUCAUUAUUUAUAGUAGAGAAAUUUAACUAUUA